GCCUCACCAACUUCCCCAAUCUAUGUAAAAAUGUCCGACAUCGACGAACGACCCUCUAAAAUCCGCAAAGUCGCACCUACCGACGAUGCAUCGGCUCCUACCGAUUCAAUUGCCCCAAAUUCCAAUUCCAAUGACAUAACAAUGAAGCUCGAAACUUCAAAAAGUACUGAAGAUGCCCCCGCCAAUCCCCAAUCCAAUACCACCGAGUCCACCAUUAUAGCAAAUUCAAAUUCAAAUGAACCCAAUCCCCUCUCCAAAUCGCAAUUAAAAAAGCGUAGGAAGCAAGAAGAAUGGGAGGCCAACAAAUCAAAGCGUACCGAGUUCCGGCGCAUCAAGCGCAAAGAAAAGCAGGCUCGUAAAGCUGCGGCUCAAGCAGCUGGACUGCUACCUCCCCCUCCACCUUCCUCGUCUCGUCGACCUGUUCAAGUUCCAGUUUCUUUCCUGAUUGAUUGUGAUUUUGAAUCCUACAUGAUGGAAAAAGAAAUCAUAUCUUUAACAGCGCAGAUAACACGCUGUUAUAGCGAUAAUCGAACUGCGGUCUAUAGAGGACAUAUGGGAAUAUCAGGGUGGGGAGGCCAAAUGAAGGAACGGUUCGAAGGAGUAUUAGCAGGUAAUUUUAAUAGUUGGAAGGGAGUCAAGUUUAUGGAGGAGGGGUGGAUGGAGGCAGCGGGGAUCAUGGACGGACUUAUGAAGGGACCUGAAGGCGGAAAGUUGCUAGGUGCUUUGGCUACAGAAAAUGGACUUGAGGAAUACAAGAAGCCACGCAGAGGAUCUAAGAAACUGGAGGCAGCAUCAACGGAAGCAGAAUCGGCGGAAGCUGUACAAUUGGAAGUUGAUGAACAGCUAUAUCCAUCCAUUCCAAAGGCUUCAGAAGCCUCAAACUCUACAUCCGCAACCAAUUCCUCAUCCACCGCUCCAAAUAUAGUCUACCUCUCCUCCGACUCCGAAAACACCCUCACUACUCUCUCACCAUACACAACCUAUAUAAUCGGUGGCAUAGUCGACAAAAACCGUCACAAAGGCCUUUGCCACAAACGCGCCUGCGAUGCGGGUAUCCCAACUGCAAAGUUGCCUAUUGGUGAAUAUAUGACUAUGCAAAGUCGGACCGUUUUGACUGUGAAUCACGUCAUGGAGAUCAUGAUAAGGUGGUUGGAAACAGGUGAUUGGGGGAAAGCUUUCUUAAAGGUUAUCCCUAAGAGGAAAGAGGCGAAGUUGAGAGCUAAAGAGAAGAAUGGCGGGGCAGAAGGGGAGGAAGGUAAUGAGCAAGAGGAGGGAGGGGAGCUGGAUGAAAACGAAGAUGAAAAGAGUGAAGAUGAGAGCGAAGAUGGUGAUGAGGGUGGAGUUGCCCUUGAAGCCGAAAAGCAGGCAGAGGAGCAACAAGCAUUGGAAAAGAGCGAAUGAAAUAAUACCACAGUGUGAGAAGCUGAUUAAGUAAACUCAGAAAUAGGAUAAAUAAAUCA